AUGAUACUAAAUAUAAAGCAUAUCCUGUGGUUAUAUUGUCUCUGUGAAGCUGCAACCGCAACAGCCUCCAACACGUUAUCAAUAAUCAGACCGGUCACUGGGUCCCUCUCAGGGAAGGUAAACCUUCCCUGCUUCUUCUCCACAAUCCCAACCUCAGCACCUGUCAUCAGUCCCAAUGGAACAGCCAUUUAUAGCAACGACUACCUGCGGAUCAAAUGGACCAAAAUAGAGGGGGAGGUAGAAUCCACAGUGCUGGUGGCACAAAAUGGGGUCAUCAAGAUCGGCUCAAGCUACAGGAACCGUGUAUCUGUGCCCAGUCACCCUGAGGAUGUCGGUGACGCCUCGCUGACCAUGGUCAAGCUACGAGCCAGUGAUGCGGGCACAUAUCGUUGUGAGGUCAUGUAUGGUAUAGAAGACACCCAGGAUACGGUGAACCUCGACGUCAGAGGUGUUGUUUUUCACUACCGAGCUAGCACCAACAGGUACACUUUGGAUUACCAGGAGGCUGUCCAAACCUGUCAAGAUGUCGGAGCAACCAUUGCUACUUAUGACCAGCUGAAAGCAGCCUAUGAAGACGGGUUCGAUCAGUGUGAUGCCGGUUGGAUUGCUGACCAGACAGUGAGAUAUCCCAUUAUAAAACCCAGAAAGGGCUGCUAUGGCAACCUUCUUACCAAACCUGGUGUGAGGUCAUAUGGAACCAGGAAACCCACGGAGACUUAUGAUGUAUACUGUUAUGUAGACAAGCUUGAUGGUGAAGUCUUCUAUGCUCCGGUGACCCAGAAGAUGACGUUUGAAGAGGCCCGUGAAGAAUGUAAAAAGAGGAAGGCUGUCUUGGCAAGUCCUGGCCAGCUCCAUGCUGCUUGGCGACAAGGGCUGGACAGAUGUGACUAUGGCUGGCUCUCCGAUGGCAGCGUACGACAUCCUGUUGCGGUACCCAGGAACAAAUGUGGAGGUGGCCUGCUUGGUGUCAGGACCAUGUAUCGCUACAGAAACCAGACCGGCUUCCCAGAACCAACAAGGAAGCUUGGGGCUUACUGUUUUAAAGGAAGGACAUGGGUGAUCAACCAGAUGUCCUUUGUGGAUGUGUCCGUGGCAGCAAUCACCACCAGCACAGCAGGUCCUACUACCAUCCCUUUCCUCGAAACCACCACCAACAUACUAACUACAACAUCUGACACAGUAUCAGAUCCAGAAGAAUUUCCAGACUCUCCAGCUACGAAUCCUCCAUCCUACCCUAUGUUCUCCACCAGCAUGGCUCCACCUCAGCCUACUCCAGCUGGCCAAGAAGAAGAGUUAAUCACAACAGUUGCACCUACUAUCAAAGAGGAACAUGAGGACACAGAAGUUACAACUGCAAAAGACUUUGACAUUAAUGACUUUCUAAAUCAGAGUACAACCUUUGAGGAAACUGUUCCACAUCGUGGUGACACAAUCUCAAAGCCCACAACAGACAGCACUGAUAGCACAGUGUCUGUCGAGGACACAGACGAUCACUCAGUGAUUGAGAUCAGCACAAUACAACCUGAUGUCCCCAUACCAGAUGACUCUCUCAGCACAGAGCCCAUGUUUGCCGAGGGGAAGACAGAGGAAACUAUUGUGGAUUCAGGGAUCACCACAGCGAUGACCUCUGAUGUUACUGACAGUCCAACUGAAUCAACAGAAUCGACCCAUGAGGAAGAGCUCAGCUCCUCAGAGUCAACUUCAUCAACAUCAACCAUUGAGCUUCAGUCAACACCACCUUUCCCAAACUAUUAUGAUGAGAUUGAGACUCAUUAUGCAUUACACGCUCCACCACCUGCUCAGCCACCCGAACAAGACCUCUCGCCCAGCCCAUCAGGCAGCACUAAUAUGGUUGAUAUAACUGAUCAAACAACAAUCCUCACACCUCUUUUCGAUGAUACCACCUUUAUGUGUGACACCCAGUCUGGUAGUGAGGUGGAGAUAACCACCACAGAACCACCAGAGACCACCAGCACUGCAACACAAACUACACCCCAAACACAGGAUGCACAGACACUGGUCACAUCUGCAGCCGCAACAUCUACUGUUGCUCUGAUUGAUAGUGAAACCUCUGUCGAAGAUGAGACAUUGUUAACAACUGUUCAUAUCUUUGAUGAGUCCACCACUCAGGUGCCAGAACACAGUGGUGACACCCUCACUGAGUCUGACACAGUAACAGAGAUUGGCACAGAGUUCUUCACAUCCACUCCAGUGGCUUCAACUGCAUCCAGCACAAUCACUUCUCCAGUUGCAGUGGUCAGUGAUGAGCAGUCCAUCCAAAUGCAGAAUGUAUCAGUUGAUCAGGCUCAACAGCUGCAAGAUUCUCAGUUACCUCCGAUACCAGUUGUGCCUGACCACCCCACCCCAUCCAUAGCCGAUGGUGAGCCGAGCCUUCAGACUGGAGACCGUGACCCUUUCCCCGCUGCCACUGUAACCAUCACUCCAACUGUCAGCUUUAUAAACGGUAAACAGGAGAUCACCCUGGAGCCAAAGAGCCAGGAAGGGAAAGAAGCUAAAGGUACUGAGAUUAUGACUAAUGUGACAACUCUAGGAGCUAGUGAUGAAAUAACUACAGUGCUCGAUUAUAGUUGGACCGUUGCCCCUGGUGAUAGCUCCACUGAAUCUACAGAGGAACCCACAUCAACACUGACAACCUCUACAGAGAUCCCAGAUGUUGAUGAAUAUGGCUCCAGUAUGAUCCCAAUAGUGGAGUCAACACCUCCUCACAUUGAGGAUGAGCUGACCACAAAAGGCCUAGCACAAACAGACAUACCCUCAGCUCCAGCCUCAACAGUUGUGGACGAGGCUUCAUCAAAAAUUACACAGAAACCUGACAUUUCCCCAGCUGCCACAGAUACCACUGACUUUGUUCCUACAGUAACUCCAGCUGACACAGAGACCACCAAAGGAACUGAGGAAACCCAAACAACAAAGCCUCAUACGGAUAGCUCUGUCAGCACCAUGUCUGUACAAGAAGAGGUGAGCGUGUCGGGGUCUACUCCCACGGAUGUGAAAAGUGACUCAGACGUAACUCUGAGCGAGAAACCUAGAGAUAAAUCCCCUGUUACCUCUGCAACUGAACUUUACUCAGUGAGAGAUAAAGCUGAAACCACAAUGGAAACAAAAAGCACAUCUGCCACUCCAGCUGCUGAAGACAGCACUCAGUCUGCUUUACAGACUGUGUAUACUCCCUUGUCUGAUGAUGCUGAUGGGAAAACACCAACAUUAACUAGUGACUCACAGGGCCCCACUCAAGAUGUAAAGGGAGGGACAGAGAUCCAAACCCCGAAAGAAUUUGCCUUCAGCGCAACGACUCCUUCAGUAUUUAGUGGUUCAGGAUCUCCUGAACAGAUAGCCAAGACUGAGUCAACACCAGCUGUAGAUAUAGACAGCACUGAAUCAUCAGCAUCUGCAGCACCUACUCAAGCUGAAACUUCAGAGAGUAGAUUCACAAGUCAGGCAGGGAGCACAGUCAGUCAAGCACCUUCUAUCUCACCUACAGAGAAAGUUGCAACUGAUGCAAUGUCUAGACCAGGUGAAGAGGGUUCAACAGUCCAAACAGUAAAUAUGUUUCCAACCAACCCACAAUCACAUAGCUCUUCACUGAUAACUACAAAAAAUCCAGUUCCACAGGAGAGUGAAAUAACAUCAUACACAUUACAAACAGCUGACGCGGAUAAAGCAUCUAGUCCUGCCAUAAGUGUGAUGGAUAAAACUUCUGCACCCUCCACUCCACAAGAGGAUGAAACAAAAACUACUUCCUCUUAUAAAUCCACUGCAACAACUGAUUCUCCAUUAUACAGUGCUAUUGAAAUUAUCAAGACAACGGUGGCCUCAUUUACUGCAUUAUUCAGUCAGUACUCAUCACAAAGUGCGCCAGUAAUUACUGAAUUGCUUGAAGAGAAACAGGGUUCAAGUGAAGAAAUUGUCACAAGUGUCACAGAUAUGAAGGCUUCAACAGAUCAAACUUCCUGGUCUGUACCCACCUCUGCUUCUUCUGUUAAACCUGAUGAGUCUCUUUCGACUGCAGUUUCAACUGUGAAAUUAUCAAGUGUAGCUGUUGACACUGCUCAAACACAGUCUUUUUCCGUGAAUCUUACAGAGACAGGUACAUUGCAUCCUAGCACUGCUGGAGAGAUUGCAGAUGGCCAGACACCAGGGACAAAAAUAACAGAAGCUACAGUACCACCUUCAAUGCUUAGCACAGAGAAAGCAGUUACAGGAACAAAACAAUAUGGACAAGCUCAUGGUUCAACCACAGCUGGCACCACAGUCAGCUCGAAAGACUAUACAUUAUCACCUGACAUAUCAAAAAGUGACAUUACGAAAGGAACAGCAAAGCCUUUAGAGUCUGAAAUAACAUUAAAGACAGAUACUUCUGAAAUCAGUAUGGCCCCAACUUCCCCCCCAUCAUAUAGCACAGGCAGUGAAGUAACCAAUGAACGGACAGAAACAUUCAUUUCAAUGGAACCAGUAGCGAGUGGCAACACAGACAUAGAUAUCAGCACAGUGCCACGUUUAGUAAAAGAGGUGAGCUCUGAACGUCCAACAACUGCAUCAACUGUGUUUAGUAGUGAGAGCACAACAUUGACAGUAUUGACCACAGUGUCUUUGGUCACAAAAACAGAGAUUCCAACAAUGACAGCAUCACUUGAAACCCAAACUCAUGAAGAGACUUCAGAUGAAGAGACAACUAAGACAUUUAUCACAGACUCCACAUCUGUUCCAUCUUCAUCAUCAAGCUCAAUAACCAUGUCUCCAAGUGUGUUGUCUGUUGCAGAUUCAACUGCUGGACAAAAUGAAGCUAAAGACAUUAGCAGCCAGACCUCUGUUGAUGAUUCCAUUCCUUCCAUCAGUGGAUCAACUUUGGAACCUGAAUCAACAUCCUUCUUUACUUCAACUGAAACAGAGAUGUCAAAAGGUCAAUCAUUGGACUAUACUGCAGAAUCAUUUGAUGUAUCAACCAAUGUCUCUUCCGUCACGAGGAAAGAUACACCAGCAGUGACACAGGCAAACCAAACUGAAUCAACUGAGAUCCCCAGCAAACACACAACAGUUCCAACAGGCUCCUCAUUAUUCAGCACAGAGACACCAGCAACAGUUCCUGUUGAGGAACAUGACAGUUCUCCCACAGAUGAAACAGGAAAGGCUUCAGUAUCUCCUGUUACGGACAAAACGGAGGAAUCUUCUGUCAUUACAACAAUAGAUGGAGAUGAUUCAGGAGACCAAACCACAGACAUGUUUACAGCAUCCGCUUCUGUCAGACUGACAUCUUCAUCUCUAUACAGCACUGAGGCACCGACAGCGCAGUCACUUGGAACAGCAGACACACUUGAAACAGAAAAAUCUGCAAUGACAUCUCGUAGUGAAGAACCAUCAGUAUCCUCGGUCUCUGAUGAGAAAGUAACAAGCCCUUCAACAGUGUCUCCAAGUGUGACUUCUGUUACAUCAUCCACUAUUUCAGACAUUGAGGAUGACGGUAUUGGCAGUCAGUCAACAAUGGUGGAGUCUGUUCCUUCCGUCAGUGGCUCAACCUUGAAACCUGAAACACAAUCAUUUCCUAUUACCACUGAUACAGAGCGUUCUGGAGACAGCCCUGCUGAUUCCACUGAAGGCACAAGCAUCACAGCAACUAGUGUCUCAUCAAUGUUGAGUACAUUAUCACCAUCAGUGACAGCAUCACAUACAUUUGACACAAGUGAUACCUUGAUAACAGGUGUAACAUCAGUUACAUCCCUCCAUAGUACAGAGAAACCAACAUCAUUGUCUCCUGACACACAUGAGACAAUUGCCACCAGUAAGUCUGAUGACGCAUCAGUGACACCAUAUGAGAGUUCUUCUCUGCCAACAACAGAUGAAGAGUCCUCACGGGGUGAGUCAACUGAGACCUCCAGCACAGACUCUUCCUCUGCUACAGCUUCAUCAUUGUUUAGCACUGAGAAGACGACAGCACUGCCAGAUGAGGAGCUUGAAAGUGCACUCACAGAACAAACAGAGAGAGCUUCAGUGACUUCAAUUACAGACAAGUCAGAGGACAGCACUGUUCUCACUCCAGAAGAUGAAAAGAUCUUCAUUCAGACAUCCUCUUCGACAGUGUCUCCAUUCAGUUCUGAGCCACCAAGAACAAAUAUACCUAUGGCAAUAGGAAGUGAAGUCACAGAUCAGACUCUGAUGACUUCGCCCUCAGAACAACCAUCUGUCUCUCCAAUCUCUGAUGUUACAUCAAUUUCUGUGUCUCCAAGUUUGUCCUCCGUUACAUCAUCGUCUGCUGUAGACAUUGGGGAUGAAGAUCUUAGCAGCCAGCCCUCUGUUGAUGAUUCCAUUCCUUCCAUCAGUGGAUCAACUUUGGAACCUCAAUCAACAUCCUUCUUAAUUUCAACUGAUACAGACAGCUCUGGAGACCAAAGAUUGGACUAUACCACCGAAUCACUUAUUGCAUCAACCAUUGUCUCCUCCAUCACCAGAAAAGCUACACCAGCAAUGACACUGUCAAUUGAGACUGAUACAAGCCAUGUGUCUGAAACAACCAUCACUGCAGCUUCGUCUUUCUACAGUACUGAAAUACCGACAUCAGUGUCACUUGAUACUCAGGAGACUGUGACCAAAAGUAAGUCUGACGAUGAUUCAACAGCACCAGAGGAAAUUACAACAUGGUCAACAAUACAUGAAGAGGGUUCAGGUGACCUAACAACUGAGAUUUCCAGGAAACACACCACAGUUCCCACAGAUUCCUCAUUAUUCAGCACAGAGACACCAGCAACAGUUUCUGUUGAGGAACAUGACAUUUCUCCCACAGAUGAAACAGGAAAGGCUUCAGUAUCUCCUGUUACAGGCAAAACGGAGGAAUCUUCUGUCUUUACAACAAUAGAUGGAGAUGGUUCCGGAGACCAAACCACAGACAUGUUUACAGCAUCCGCUUCUGUCAGACUGACAUCUUCAUCUCUAUACAGCACUGAGGCACCGACAGCGCAGUCACUUGGAACAGCAGACACACUUGAAACAGAAAAAUCUGCAAUGACAUCUCGUAGUGAAGAACCAUCAGUAUCCUCGGUCUCUGAUGAGAAAGUAACAAGCCCUUCAACAGUGUCUCCAAGUGUGACUUCUGUUACAUCAUCCACUAUUUCAGACAUUGAGGAUGACGGUAUUGGCAGUCAGUCAACAAUGGUGAAGUCUGUUCCUUCCGUCAGUGGCUCAACCUUGAAACCUGAAACACAAUCAUUUCCUAUUACCACUGAUACAGAGCGUUCUGGAGACAGCACUGCUGAUUCCACUGAAGGCACAAGCAUCACAGCAACUAGUGUCUCAUCAAUGUUGAGUACAUUAUCACCAUCAGUGACAGCAUCACAUACAUUUGACACAAGUGAUACCUUGAUAACAGGUGUAACAUCAGUUACAUCCCUCCAUAGUACAGAGAAACCAACAUCAUUGACUCCUGACACAAAUGAGACAAUUGCCACCAGUAAGUCUGAUGACGCAUCAGUGACACCAUAUGAGAGUUCUUCUCUGCCAACAACAGAUGAAGAGUCCUCACGGGGUGAGUCAGCUGAGACCUCCAGCACAGACUCUUCCUCUGCUACAGCUUCAUCAUUGUUUAGCACUGAGAAGACGACAGCACUGCCAGAUGAGGAGCUUGAAAGUGCACUCACAGAACAAACAGAGAGAGCUUCAGUGACUUCAAUUACAGACAAGUCAGAGGACAGCACUGUUCUCACUCCAGAAGAUGAAAAGAUCUUCAUUCAGACAUCCUCUUCGACAGUGUCUCCAUUCAGUUCUGAGCCACCAAGAACAAAUAUACCUAUGGCAAUAGGAAGUGAAGUCACAGAUCAGACUCUGAUGACUUCGCCCUCAGAACAACCAUCUGUCUCUCCGAUCUCUGAUGUUACAUCAAUUUCUGUGUCUCCAAGUUUGUCCUCCGUUACAUCAUCGUCUGCUGUAGACAUUGGGGAUGAAGAUCUUAGCAGCCAGCCCUCUGUUGAUGAUUCCAUUCCUUCCAUCAGUGGAUCAACUUUGGAACCUCAAUCAACAUCCUUCUUAAUUUCAACUGAUACAGACAGCUCUGGAGACCAAAGAUUGGACUAUACCACCGAAUCACUUAUUGCAUCAACCAUUGUCUCCUCCAUCACCAGAAAAGCUACACCAGCAAUGACACUGUCAAUUGAGACUGAUACAAGCCAUGUGUCUGAAACAACCAUCACUGCAGCUUCGUCUUUCUACAGUACUGAAAUACCGACAUCAGUGUCACUUGAUACUCAGGAGACUGUGACCAAAAGUAAGUCUGACGAUGAUUCAACAGCACCAGAGGAAAUUACAACAUGGUCAACAAUACAUGAAGAGGGUUCAGGUGACCUAACAACUGAGAUUUCCAGGAAACACACCACAGUUCCCACAGAUUCCUCAUUAUUCAGCACAGAGACACCAGCAACAGUUUCUGUUGAGGAACAUGACAUUUCUCCCACAGAUGAAACAGGAAAGGCUUCAGUAUCUCCUGUUACAGGCAAAACGGAGGAAUCUUCUGUCUUUACAACAAUAGAUGGAGAUGGUUCCGGAGACCAAACCACAGACAUGUUUACAACAUCCGCUUCUGUCAGACUGACAUCUUCAUCUCUAUACAGCACUGAGGCACCGACAGCGCAGUCACUUGGAACAGCAGACACACUUGAAACAGAAAAAUCUGCAAUGACAUCUCGUAGUGAAGAACCAUCAGUAUCCUCGGUCUCUGAUGAGAAAGUAACAAGCCCUUCAACAGUGUCUCCAAGUGUGACUUCUGUUACAUCAUCCACUAUUUCAGACAUUGAGGAUGACGGUAUUGGCAGUCAGUCAACAAUGGUGAAGUCUGUUCCUUCCGUCAGUGGCUCAACCUUGAAACCUGAAACACAAUCAUUUCCUAUUACCACUGAUACAGAGCGUUCUGGAGACAGCACUGCUGAUUCCACUGAAGGCACAAGCAUCACAGCAACUAGUGUCUCAUCAAUGUUGAGUACAUUAUCACCAUCAGUGACAGCAUCACAUACAUUUGACACAAGUGAUACCUUGAUAACAGGUGUAACAUCAGUUACAUCCCUCCAUAGUACAGAGAAACCAACAUCAUUGACUCCUGACACAAAUGAGACAAUUGCCACCAGUAAGUCUGAUGACGCAUCAGUGACACCAUAUGAGAGUUCUUCUCUGCCAACAACAGAUGAAGAGUCCUCACGGGGUGAGUCAGCUGAGACCUCCAGCACAGACUCUUCCUCUGCUACAGCUUCAUCAUUGUUUAGCACUGAGAAGACGACAGCACUGCCAGAUGAGGAGCUUGAAAGUGCACUCACAGAACAAACAGAGAGAGCUUCAGUGACUUCAAUUACAGACAAGUCAGAGGACAGCACUGUUCUCACUCCAGAAGAUGAAAAGAUCUUCAUUCAGACAUCCUCUUCGACAGUGUCUCCAUUCAGUACUGAGCCACCAAGAACAAAUAUACCUAUGGCAAUAGGAAGUGAAGUCACAGAUCAGACUCUGAUGACUUCGCCCUCAGAACAACCAUCUGUCUCUCCAAUCUCUGAUGUUACAUCAAUUUCUGUGUCUCCAAGUUUGUCCUCCGUUACAUCAUCGUCUGCUGUAGACAUUGGGGAUGAAGAUCUUAGCAGCCAGCCCUCUGUUGAUGAUUCCAUUCCUUCCAUCAGUGGAUCAACUUUGGAACCUCAAUCAACAUCCUUCUUAAUUUCAACUGAUACAGACAGCUCUGGAGACCAAAGAUUGGACUAUACCACCGAAUCACUUAUUGCAUCAACCAUUGUCUCCUCCAUCACCAGAAAAGCUACACCAGCAAUGACACUGUCAAUUGAGACUGAAACAAGCCAUGUGUCUGAAACAACCAUCACUGCAGCUUCGUCUUUCCCCAGUACUGAAAUACCGACAUCAGUGUCACUUGAUACUCAGGAGACUGUGACCAAAAGUAAGUCUGACGAUGAUUCAACAGCACCAGAGGAAAUUACAACAUGGUCAACAAUACAUGAAGAGGGUUCAGGUGACCUAACAACUGAGAUUUCCAGGAAACACACCACAGUUCCAACAGGUUCCUCAUUAUUCAGCACAGAGACACCAGCAACAGUUUCUGUUGAGGAACAUGACAGUUCUCCCACAGAUGAAACAGGAAAGGCUUCACUUUCUCCUGUUACAGACAAAACAGAGCAGUCUUCUGUCAUUACAUCAAUAGAUGGAGAUGGUUCCGGAGACCAAACCACAGACAUGUUUACAGCAUCUGCUUCUGUCAGACCAACAUCUUCAUCUCUGUUCAGCACUGAGGCACCGACAGCGCAGUCACUUGGAACAGCAGACACACUUGAAACAGAAAAAUCUGCAAUGACAUCUCGUAGUGAAGAACCAUCAGUAUCCUCGGUCUCUGAUGAGAAAGUAACAAGCCUUUCAACAGUGUCUCCAAGUGUGACUUCUGUUAUAUCAUCGACUUUUCCAUACAUUGAGCAUGAUGGUAUUAGCACUGACAUGACAGAUUCUUCCGGUGACAUCAGAGGAUCCUUCUUUGCCUCGUCUCCAGUGCCGCCAGAUGAGGACUUCGACUAUAGUGCUAGCACAGAUUUCACUUUAGUUGAGUCUUCACCAAGCUUUUCGAGAACAACUUUAAAACCUUUUAGUGCUCCAUUUUCCACUGACUUGAAUUUAUUUUUCACUGAUCAACAGGGUUCAGCUGAUGUUUCUACCUCUCCUGAGAUUUCUGUCCAAACAACAGCAAGCAGAGAUACUCCCACGUCCUCUAUGUUUAGCACACAGAGGCCAAUAUUUACAAUAUCACCAGAAACUGAAUUAACAGAGGUCUUAAAAUCUCAAGUAACAGUGGAUUCUUCUCUCUUCAGUGCAGAGAAAUUAACAUCAGCAUCACCAACUGCUUCCAGGCAACCUCACAGCCAAUAUACAUUCUCUACAGCAACAGAUGAAAGCCAGGUAGCUUUGAUUCAGACCACAUCACAGCCCGAUGUUGAAUCAUCAACCCAGUCCUCAUCUGACUUCAUAUCUACAGAAGCUAUGCAAAUAUCUGCCACAACUGAGCUCAUGACGUCAUCAGUGUCUGACUCAGAAAGUGGGGAUUUCACUGAAGCAGAGUACUCAGGAGAUGACAUGUCUGCAUAUAAAGAUGAAACUUCCAUAGAGACACAAACAAUGGCUAAAGGGCCCUCUCUGAUAUUAACAACAUUAUCAACAAACACACAUAGUCCACCACUUACAUCCCUAUUUUCUGAGGAAGCAACUUCAAGCAGUAGAGAAUUUACAACUUCAACAACAAGUCCCUACACAUAUGAAACCUCUCAACCCAUACCAGUUCCCAGUGUCACUGCAUUUGCUGCAAAGGAACCCUCUCCUGAUCCUGACGGGGAGAGCUCUAGUGGCUUACCUGAAGAAGAUGAUUUGGAGUCAAGUCCAGAUGGAUCUGGUGCAGAGGUAUCUACUGAGGCUAGUAAAAAUCCCCAGGAUGAUUUUAGGGUUGCAACAGAUGAGACUGAAAUAGAUGAGACUAAGAGCACCACUACACAUGCUACUGAAGAAAUGAUGUCAUCAACCCAAUCUCCACACAUGACUACAACUGAGAGUUUCAUUGCUGAUCAGGGCAGUGGAGUCUUCCCAGAUGAUUCUGCAGUUGAGGAUGAGGGUUCAGGCACAGACUUCAAUCUGUCAGCUACAUUUGUACCAGUCACAAGUUCUCCUGUGAUUUCCACGACUCUAGCAGCUACAGAACAAACUGAUUUAAUUCACAAGAUUAUUAUACAAAACCCUGAUACCUCCUCAACUUCUUCUCUUUACAGCACUAAGAAACCAACAGCUGAAUCUCCUGAAACACUUACUUCAAAAGUUCCAACUUUGAGUAGUGCUCCUCCCUCAAUAUUUACUGAAGAAGGUGGUUCAGGUAACCAUACCACUGACAUAUUUGCUAAAGUGCAUGGUACAGAUUUUCCUGUGCUGAGCACAAUGGAACCAACAACAGCAACAACUCAUGAAAGUGAAUCUACCAACAACACAAGGAAUAUAGUCUCUUCCCUUUUCAGCACAGAGAAACCUAAAACAACAACAGCAUUAUAUGAAAGUGGAAUAUCUGAUACUUCAAAAUCUACUGUAACUGCAGCUUCUUCUCUCCACAGCUCUGAGAGGCUAUCUAUUACAACAGAACAUACUUUUAUCAACACAGACCUGUUGACCACUGAUGAACCAACAUUAAGUCCCUGUCUUACUUUGACGGAGGGAGAAAGUUCUGGUAACCAAACCAGUGAGUUGUUCACCUCAGAUCCACCAGUGAUGCAAAGUGUCACAUUUGGAGAAGUGACAGGUGAAACUGAAACCUUUGUUUCAGUCGCACCAGCCUCUGAUGAGCAGACUUCUUUACAAGAGAGUGAAAUUACUCUAGAUACAAGAAGCCCCAUUACUUCCGAAGCAACGGAGCAUCCUGUGACAAGCACUGGAAAAGAUGAAGUUGCUGUGGCAGAGCACAUAACACAAUCUUCCUAUACAGCGAUGUCCUCCCAUGCAACUGAAGCUUCAGUUAGUGAUCACACUAUUGUUGACUUUACCUCAGUGAGCUCCAGUAGUGUACAUAGACAAGAUGAAGUUGCAUCAAUGUCCACUCCAAUUCCCACCAUUGUAUACCACAGUGUUACUGAUCAACAGGUUGUGAUCAUUACUCCCAGUAGCAGCCAAGCCAAUACAGACCUAACUGAACAAACACCUACCAUGGUCCUGCAUGGUUCUAAACUUUCAACCAGCACAUCCAUCAUAUUCACAGAGGGGCUAAAAGAUGAAGAACUGUUUUCUGUAGUUACAGACCCCAUGAAGGAAGGCAAUCCUACUCCUGAGCUUAUCACCAUAGUUGAUAGAAUCAUUGAUGCAGAUGUUGUCUCAAUAGUUCCUUCUUCUUCAUUUUAUCCAACCAUACAGACAGAAGAAGCUGGAGGUGUCACAGCAAUUACAAUAACACAAGGGUCAGAGGUAACAGAAGAACCAGAGGGUUCAGGGACUGUCAGUGACACCUUCUUCACUCCUACACAAAUAAGUGUACAUGCAACUUCAGCGACUGACUCAUCUUUAGCCUCAACAGCUUCACCAUUGCCUUCAAAAUCAUCACCUGUAGAAGAGGUUUCUACAAUAAAGUCAUCCAGUGAGGAGAAAGUCACACUGUCACCACAGGCCACUCUAGCUACUGGUGAUAUUACAACUGCACCGUCUGACUCAGUGACAUCUGAAACUGUUGAAACUCCAGUAUCCUUUCUGUUCAGCACAGACAAGCCCACUACAGUCAUACAAAAGGAUAACAGUCAAACCACAGAUACAGAGAAAUUAUCAUUCUCAGAAUCAUUUUCAUUCUCUACCACUGGAGCAAUGUCAGCCACAGCACAUGAAGAAUCCACCUUUAUGUCCACAGUUCCCUCUCUACAAAGCACCUCAGAACUCGAGGUCAUGGUUCAGUUUGCCACCACUUUUGCCCCAGAACGAGAUACAACACAAUCUGACGUGACGUUCCAACAGACCAGAUCUGAGAUUACAUUCACUCAUCAUCCCCACAGUGACAUAUCCUCUGAGAAAACUGUGUUGACCACAACCAGCCCAAUGUUACCUACUGAGGAGUCAAGCCAGGACUUAAAUCCUAAUGAUACAACUGAAGCACCAAGUCGAGCAUCUAUAACCAAAGAAGUUUCAACUGAUGCUGAACAUGGGUCGAACAGACACAGUGACAAUCAGGAAAUGUCUACUUCUCCUCCUAUGAGAAUAGGCACACAGCCUUCUGAGGCUGAGUUGAUGACUCCAAAACUAGCUACUGACAAAUCUGUGAAACCUGAAGAUGAAGCUGUAAUUGUUGAGACAUCUUCCAGAGUCUCAAACUCAGUAGAAACAUCAACACAGAGUUCAAGUGAACAGACUCCAGAAGAAAGAUCUUCUUCACCUUCAGUACAAGCAAAAAAUACUCCAUCUCCAACUGCGUCUUCACUAUUUAGCACCGAGACUCCAUGGGUGGCUUCCACCUCAAAUGUUAAUGAACAAGAGGCCUCUAAAGGGUGGAUAACUGGACUUCCUGUUGAUCCUUCUCACUCAACCACUGAGAAAUUAACCACGAUGUUACUGGAGACCGACAUCUCACCAGAUCAAGAAGGCUCAAGUUACAAUGAGACAUCGUCAGAGAGUGAGGAAAUGUCUGUAUCAACAGAAAAAAAUCCAAUAAUUUCAACAGAUGAGGAUGGUUCAAGUUUUGACUCAGUCACUCCAAGUGUUUCAACUCUGUCCAGUACUGUUAAGAUGAACAUCAUCACUAGCACUUCAUCGUCUCAGAUGGCAAGCACCCAAACCAAGAAGCCACAAUCAUCUACACUUGAUCAAACCGCAGGUCAGAAGUCACUUGAGACCUUCAUCACUCAAGCUUAUGCAGCACAAUCAACUGAUAUGACCAGCUCGGUUGAAUCACCAAAGGCGUCAACUUCUGUUGAGUCGGGACCAACAGAUCCUAAAAAUGAGGAGACACAAGAUGCAGACUUUCCAAGCACCCAUCAGCCCACUGGCGUUAUAGGGCCUGCAGAAAUCUCUACAAGCUCAGAGACAAAAAUAUUGGUCACCACAGUACCUGCUGAACACAUUUCCUCUGAGAUCACUUCAAAUGUGCUCUCAGAAACUGCCUCAUCACUGCCUGAUGUUACUGUCCAAUUUGACACAACUGUGUCUCCUGCACAACCCCUAACAACCUCCCAGGAGUCAUUUGAGCAAGUCAAGUCGGAGAUCACACUAACACACCGCCCUCACACUGAUCUUUCUUCUCAGGAUCUAUUGCUGUCCACAACUCACCCCAUGCUUCCAAGUCAUGAAACAAGCCAAGAUACAGACUCAACUGUACCUGCUGCUGAUUCUUCAGAGGACAAUAGUCACAUCUCGAGCGGCGAGGGCACUGACCUUCUACCUGACGAUUAUGAUAAUUACCCAGAUUAUGGAUCAUCAGACUCCUAUGGAGUUGGAUCAAAACCUAAACCCGAUGUAAUUCCAGGCAGAGAUGUAGUGGUCAUUACUACACCACCUGAUGUUUCUCCAACAUCUGAGAAUCCACCUUUUAAUUCCAUGAACAGUUCUGAAAGUGGUUUAGAAGAAAAUGCAACCGAGCCUCCUAUUGUAGCGGCAGCAAUCACUGUCAUGGCAUUAACUCCCAUCAGUACAGCAUCAGUCUCUAGCUCUGAGAGUGGUUCAGAAAGCACCAGCAGAUCAGAAGAAUACACCACCACAGCCAGCAUUGCUAAAUCGGAUGGUGAUGAGGUUGAGGAAAAUGGACCUGUCAAUUCUGACACUGUAUCUGUUAGCUCUGAUAGUGUAUCCGGUGAGUUUAUGACAACAAAGAUACCAAAUAUCAACAGUGUGGGACAACAGGCUCUGUCCCCAGAUGAAAUUCAGACUGUAUUCAAGGUGAAUGCCACAGCAUCUUCAAAGAUGGAGUCUGCUAGUGCUGAUAGCACCACUGAGGAAGAGGAAGUUGUGAGCAAAAUUAACACAGGUGUUUCUCGUCACACUGAAAGACCCCUAAGGACCGAUACAGAAUUCACAACAUCACCAGUUCAAACACAGAGCCAGCUAGUGGUAGUUACACCUGUAGCCACCACACCAUUAUCUGUUACGAAAGAAGAUGAUGAACUGGACAAUGAUUCAACGGCACCUUCAUCUGCUCUUGAAGGAGAACCACCAAUAACAGGGGACACAACAACUGCCUCUCCUGAUACAGGACUUGAUUUGGGCCACACUGUUGUUGGCGAGACAGUUGAAAUUCCUGGAAUCCACUCAUGUAACGAGAACAUUUGUUUGAAUGGAGGAUCUUGCUUCAAGACUGGCAGUGUCCAAGCAUGUAGCUGUGCUCCUGGUUACACUGGUGAUAGAUGUGAAACAGAUAUUGAUGAGUGUCAGUCAAACCCCUGCCGCAAUGGAGGAACAUGUGUUGAUGGGGUGGCUUGCUUCACAUGUGUGUGCCUCCCAAGCUAUUCUGGGCUGUACUGUGAGGAAGAUACAGAGAACUGUGACUAUGGCUGGCAUAAGUUUCAGGGGCACUGUUACAAGUACUUCCCCCAGAGGAGAAACUGGGACACAGCAGAGAGAGAAUGCCGCAUACAGGGUGCUCAUCUUGCCAGCAUCUUGUCUCAUGAGGAGCAACAGUUUGUCAACCGUCUUGGACAGGACUACCAGUGGAUUGGCCUGAAUGAUAAGAUGUUUGACAGUGACUUCCGCUGGACUGAUGGCAGUGCUAUGCAAUAUGAAAACUGGAGACCCAACCAGCCUGACAGUUUCUUCUCUUCUGGUGAGGACUGUGUGGUGAUCAUAUGGCAUGAGGACGGCCAAUGGAAUGAUGUUCCUUGCAACUAUCACCUCACCUUCACCUGCAAAAAGGGCACAGUGGCCUGUAGUGAACCUCCUUUGGUGGAGAAUGCUCGUACGUUUGGUAAAAAGCGUGACAGGUAUGAGAUUAACUCACUGGUGAGGUAUCAGUGCCGGACAGGCUUUAUUCAGAGGCAUGUCCCAACUAUCCGCUGUCGUGGGGACGGACAGUGGGAUAGCCCUAAAAUCACCUGCAUGAACCCAUCGGGCUAUCAAAGGACCUUUAUCAGAAGACAUCAGCACAAUAGUCUCUACAGCAUCAACAACUUCAAAAAAUGGCAAGAUGAGGCCUUCCGCUUUCACCAUCAGCGCUACCGGUCAAGGAGAGACAGAACUGAAAAUAAGCGGAAGAGACAGUGAUUACCAAAAAACAUGGCAGAGCUUCCCAGAGACAAGAACGCAUGCCUGAUGAUUGUGUGGAGAGAUGAACAGGAAAAAAAGCACAAGAGAAAACUCAUCAAAGAAACCAAGAGGAUAACCUGCAGUUUUCUUGCAUUUUGGAUAACGAUGGAAUCUUAUGAAGUGCCUUUUAUGGAGAUGUUGACUUUUCUUAUCAAGGGGCACUGUUUCACAACAAUGCCAAUGAGGAUUCAGAAACCUUUCAGCUGGCUACUGGAAAAGAAAAAAAUACUGUCAUCAUUUUUUACAUUCAUUACUGUUCUUUAAAAUCUUUGUACACCAGCUCUGCUAUUUAAAAUCACUGCAAGUGUCCCUUAUUCCUAGAAAGAAAACUGUUGUGAAAUUAUAGCGCUUAUGUUAUGUAAAGAAUUCAUUUAUGUUGUCAUGCUGUUUUAAGCUGGACUUCCUUUUAGUGAGCAUGCAUGCAUAUGCAUUUACAAUGAAGUCCUCAAACUUUUAACUGUUUAUUGUUUGUCAAGAGAUCCAAAUUUGGCUUCUCAGAGCACAAACGGAGGUGAUCACACAAAGGGCUCAUACUGUAGUUUACACUAUUUAAACAUUGUAUCGCAUACAUAGAACUAUAAACUUUUAUACAGAUUCUUUCUCCAGUCUUCAAUCCUAAUCAACAGAGGCACCAAUCAUAUACUGAAACAUGGUUUCAUAGCUUUGGUUUUAGUAGUAAUUCAGAUUCCGUAUGAAUAAUUUGCCCAAGUCUGAAGUUUCAGCAAAUCAAUCAGUUAUCAGCUGGAGAUUUUCUUUGUGGUGGCAGCUUUCAAAAUACAAAAUGACCACCUUUCAUUCUCUCCUGCUUUCAUUGGAAGUAAUCGAUGUCGCGUUUAAUAUUUACAGAGAGAUUUCUAUAGAGAGAAUCUUUAAAAUGUCAUUUCUUUUGUAUGGUACAAUUUAACAUGAAAGAUUGCUCUCUAAGUACUUAUCGACAAAGAAUUUAUCCACAGAUGGAAAUUGAUCCACGAACUAUUUUAAAAUGAAAGAAGGGAAGUGUGGCUCAAGUAGCCUGUAUUUUCUGCUCAUGUAUGUUCAGUGCAUAACUUACAAGUAGUUGCUGCAGCGUGUUUACAAUAACUGCAAUGCUGUUUGUAAUCUCACACCAAAGAAUCUUGCUCUCCUGCGUUGUGCUGUAGCCUUUGAUAGUUUUCUAACUAAUGCUCGUCUUCACUGAACUUUUGUGUUGUUGUGGUCUAUCAAAAUCACACAUUGAGAGAAUGUAUUUUGUGAAACACUCAAAAAGACUUGAACGUAACAGCUGUUUAGGCAGACAUGCAUAUAAUUUAUUUUCAAGCUGCUCUUGAUCUCCUUACUUGUUUCAUACUGAAAGGUAAAAUAUGAUGCUGUCACUUGGCUCAGCAGUGCUCUUCAUAUAUUUGUUAUGGUAUGUUCAACAGGAGACCAGCCACACUCACAGACUGUCUAAAUGGGAUGCAUUGAGGACGAAAAAUUGCUCAAUAUGCAAGACGUCAAUAUACUUUUUAAAUUUUUUUUACAUCUUUAAUGACAACAGUGGACCAAAGAACAUGGAGGGCCACUUCAGCAAUAGUCAGCAAUAAUUUUGCUCUGUAACAUUAACAAAACAUUGUGAAUGGUAACAUAUUUCUCCAACAUUUUUUUAAUGGGGAAAUGUUUUUUUUUUGUGCCUGUGAAUGUCUGUGUGUGUGUGUUUUUUUAGCCCUAAUGUGCACAUAAUAUCAUUUUAUAUUUAUAACAGUUUUUUAAAUUUUAUUUUACAAUGUGAAUGUCUGGGAUGUUUGUGAAUUUAUUUUUUUUCUAGAAAAAGAUCAAACUGUUUUUUCCUGUUUUAAAUCACCAAAGAAAUAAAAAUAAAUAUAUGGUUAUUAUA